ACAUGAUGACAUCUCCAGUGUUCACUCUCUAUCUCACCUGUUUGCUCUUGGGGAACAUGACUCAGAUGACUGAACUGAAAUCCUCUGUUUGUCAAGAGAGUCGUUUUGCGUCAGUUAAAACUGGGGACAAGUUGACUCUGCAAUGUUUCUAUAAGAGUGAUGUUCCAACAAGGCUUUCCUGGUUUAAGCAUUCUCUGGGACAGAAACCAAGGCUCAUCUCUACCUUCUUUAAAUAUGACCUGAACAAGACUUUCCAACCUGAAUUCAAGAACAAUCCACGCUUCACACUGGAUACAGAAAAUGGUAAAAAUCACUUGACGAUCACAGAUUUACGCAUUUCGGACUCAGCUACUUAUUACUGCAUUAAUUAUUUAUACACAAUAGAAUUUUCAGAGAGCAUUACUGUCAGUGUAAAGGGUUCAGGUUUGAAUGUCCCAGCUUUGGUCCAUCAGUCAGCGUCUGAGACCAUCCGGCCAGGAGACUCUGUGACUCUGAACUGUACAGUACACACUGGGAGCUGUGAUGAUGGAGGACACAGUGUUUACUGGUUCAAAAACUCUGAAGAGUCUCAUCCAGGACUCAUUUACAGCCAUGGAGGCAGGAAUGAUCAGUGUGAGAGGAAACCUGACACACAAACACACACCUGUGUCUACAACCUGCCGAUGAAGAGCCUGAAUCUUUCUCAUGCUGGGACCUACUACUGUGCUGUUGCCUCAUGUGGACACAUACUGUUUGGACACGGGACCAAGCUGGACUUUGAAGAUCAGUUGGACUUGCUCGUUGUGGUGUAUUUCUUGAGUGGAUCUCUGGCAUUCACCAUCAUCCUGGUUGUUUUACUAGCUCUCUCAGUGUACAAGAUGAAGAAGAGAAACAGUUCCUCAGAGUCUGAAGCAAGAUUUCCAGCUCUGUCCACAGCAGAUGCACAGGGUUUCCAAGACACAGGCAGCCUCCAUUAUGCUGCUUUGGGUGUUAACGUGCCCAACAGGUCAAGAAGACAAAGGACCAACACUGAUAAUGACUGUGUGUACUCCAGUGUAAAACACUAAGAAUUGUUUAGUUUGCAUUUGAGCAAGAUGGCAGUAUCGUAGAAUCGUGUGAGGAGUAAUGUCGAUUUAGGUGUAGAUACUGAGAUAAACAAGGUUUAUUGUGUACUCUUGUUUUUAUCUUGGUGUUUUCCACAGGUUUUAUUGUUUUCUGUAUCUAAAAUCCUAACAUCAUAUUAUGUUAGUACUUAUAGCAAUACAUUUAGUGACAUGUCAAUUUUUCCACUCUACGACAAGCUUCUGUUGGGUUUUGAGGACCUCCAUGCAAAUAGGUAGUAUUAUUUGUCUUAAUUUUUAAAGUUUCUUUAUGUGUAUCGUGCAUUUCUGUGUACUUGUUGUGCUAUUAAGGAUCAAAUAAAUAUAAUCUA